AAACCAUAUUUACUGAUGGAUUUCAUUAGAAAUGUUAUGACAGAGAUGAGAUGCGUGUCGUCGUGUCUGCGGAUCUGCGCACAGACUUCAGGCUGCUGAGUGAACUGGAAGUCCCUCCCCGGAAAAAGCGUGGAGGAGAUUUCGGAACAAGGCAACACUGCCUGCAAGCAGCUGAGGAUAUGUUUAUAACUUCAGCCGCUGUGGAUGAGCUUCAUGUUUGGCUAUUAUCUCAAAAAAAACCCGCUCAGAGGAAUGGAGGGAUGGCAGAGUGAAGCUCAACAAACCGAAGACUCGAGAGGUUGGAGGAGAGUGUCUUGUCUGAGGAGAAGAGGCUGACAGUCCGGGGUCCUUCACCAGAUGCCCCCCCUACAUGUCUACCAGCCCGAGUGCGGGAGAUUGUCACAAAGAACCUAAACGAUAGCCCAGCGGGGGCCAUGUCCUCGGUCAUGUCCCUCCAGGAGGAGAACCGCGUGCUGCAGGGAGAGCUAGCGAGGCUGGAGGACCUGCUGGCUCACAGCAGAGCGGACCGAGACGAGCUCGCCAUCAAGUACGGUGCAAUUAGUGAGAGGCUGGAGCAGGCGCUACGUUUCGAUGCGGGAGACGGGGACCAUGAUUCACUGGAGUCACGCAGCCUGGCGCAGCAGAACGUGGACUUACGCAGACGUCUGGACGAGGAGCAAGCGUCCUACAAGAGAAAACUCACUGCGUACCAGGAGGGGCAGCAGAGGCAGGCGCAGCUCGUGCAGAAGUUGCAGGCCAAGGUACUCCAGUACAAAAAGAGGUGUGGAGAUCUGGAGCAGAUGGUGCAGGAGAAGUCCUCAGAGUUGGAGAAACACAGGAGUGGUCACAGUGACACAUCCAAUGGUCGCCAUCAAGACGAAUCAGGCAGCAACCUGGAAGAUGCUUUAAUCCGUCUGGAGGAAGAACAACAGAGGAGCAGCAGUUUGUCUGCAGUGAACGCCAUGCUGAGAGAGCAGCUGGAGCAGGCGGGUUUGGCCAAUGAGGCUCUCAGCCAGGACAUUCGCAGGCUCACUGCUGAUUGGACCAAAGCCAGAGAGGAACUGGAGCAAAAGGAGUCUGACUGGAGGAGAGAAGAAGAGUCUUUCCACAGUUACUUCAGCAGUGAGCACAGUCGCCUGCUGAUGCUGUGGCGGCAAGUGGUCGGAUUUCGGAGGCACGUGUGUGAACUGAAGAGCGCCACUGAAAGGGACUUGUCCGACAUGCGUAAUGAGCUGGCUCGGGCGUCCCACUCUGCUCAGGUGUCCUGUGCAGGUCUGUCCGCCACACUGCAUAGCCGAGAGGGAGGAGCGGCUCUGGCCCUGGAGCGGGAGAAGGCUCUGCGGGAUCAGCUGGAGCAGCAGCUGAGAGAACGAGUGGCAGAAAUGAUGAAUCUUCAGACCAGGACGGAUGCGGAGAGAAGCGAACUCAACGUCAGGUUGUCGGAUUCAGUGCGAGAGGGGGAGAGACUAAAGGGGCAGAUUGAAGAGAAAGACAGAGAAAUUGUCUUACUGACGAGGAGGCUUGAGGAGCAGAAUGGCAACGAUGAGACUGACAUGCAGAUGAUGAGAACACACAAUGAGACACUAUUAGACACACUGCGGGACAUUGCACAGACGGUUUCGUCAGAUGGAGAGUCUUCCUCAGAGGCAGACCAGGACAACUCUGGGGCUCCGCUGCUGGCCUUAAUCCGUGGCUCCUCCCCUCACCGUUCCUCCUCUCCCAGGAGGUCGUCCUCUCCCUCUCGGCUCACCUCGCUGUCUCAUCUCCCGGAAGCAGCACUGUCAGCUCUACGCUCUGCAGUCACAAACAAGACGCUCCAGCUGCAGGAUAUUCGAGGGCGUCUGCUCUCCUCUCAGUCCUCAUUACAACAGGUACGAAAGCAGCUUGCAGAGAGCGACUCAGCUAAAAGAGACGCGGAACAGAGAAACCAAGCCCUGCAGAGAGAGAGGGACGCCGCUCAGAGAGAGAGGGAGACCACACAGAGAGAAAAGGACCGUCUGAAGCAGGAGAGAGACACGCUGGCCAGUGAGAAGGCGAGCUUGGAGAAGACAGCCCAGGCUGUACAGAGCAGCAACCAGAUCCUGCAGAUGGACUGUGAGAAGCUGCAGUUGGCCGUGACGUCCACGCAGCGAGAGAGAGACCACGAGAGGGAGGAGAAGGAAGCCGUCAUUCAGGAGAGAGACCGGGCGAAGGCAGAGACUCAGAGGAUACAGAUGCAGUGGGAUCAGAGUGAGAAUCGGGCCUCUGCUCAGCGUGGGGAGCUGUCUGUAGUGAAGGAGACUCACCAGCAGGGGGAGGUUGAGAGGCAGCUGCUGGAGCGAGAGAAGACCCAACUGUCUGAAGCACUGGCUCGGACUGAGAGCAGUAACGCAGAGCUUUCUCUGCUGCUCAACAAGCUCCAGUCUGAGGAUGCAGCUCUCAGAGACUCUCUGGCCAAGAUGGGCAGCAUGAAUGAAGGCCUGGCCCAAGAUAAAACUGACCUUAAUACCUACAUCCUCCAGCUGGAGGAGGAGAAGGCCCUUCUGCAGGCUCAGAAACGGGAGGCGGAGCAAGAGAAGCUGGCCAUCAGAGAUGAGCUGGUCCGGUUGGAGCAGGACAGGCUGGAGCUGGACUCGACCCGCAUCACGCUGCACCAGUCACUGCAGGACACUGAGCUAAGCCGAGCAGGGAUGGAGGCAGAGCUCCAGAGUCUCAGGGUUGAGAGACUUAAGCUGCAGGAGAGAGUCACCCAGCUUUGUGGCGAGGUGACCUCUCUGGGUUCAGAGUUAAGUCUUGCCAGAGGCGAGAGCCAGCGGAACGAAGUGGCCUUGGAGGAGGCCGGCCGUGGUCGGGCAGAACUGGCCCGAGACAAAGCAGCACUGGUGGUCCAGCUGACGGCAUCUGAGAGAGAGAACACCGUGCUGUCAGAGGAGCUGGCUGCCUUCAGGUCGGAGCGUGAGUCCCUGGAAACCAGUCUGUUCGAGGUGCAGCAGCAACUGGUUCAGGUGGAGUCUCGCAGAGAGCAGCUUGAGACGGAGAACCAAAACCUUCGAGUCCGCAGCGAGACUGCAGCAGCUGAACUGAGGCGUGUUCGCUCAGACUGGGAGAAUGCGUUGGCCCAGGCUGAGAGGGAGAAACAGGCUCUGACUCAGACUCUAAAUUCUGCACAGCUGGAGGCCCAGCAGGCCUUACGCAAGGCCAUCUCUGAACAUCAAGAGGAGGUGGAGAGACUCAUCUCAGAAAAGGAAGUCCUGCGGCACAGCCUGCUGAUGGAGCAUGAGGGCGCUCUGAGGAAGCUGAGGCAGGAGGUGGAGGAUCAGCUGCACAGAGCGCAGAGAGAAAGAGAGGAGCUGCAGGAUGAACUGAGGACUCUUCAGCACGACAGAGAUCAGAGUCUCCUGCAGGCUGAGACUGAGAAACAACAGGCUCUUUCUCUGAAGGAGGCAGAGAAAGCAGUCCUGUCUGACAGGGUGUCCAGCCUGCAGGCUGAGGUGUCAGCUGCAGCCCUGGAGGCCGAGCGGAUGGCCAGAGAAGCAGCUCAUUGCAAAGAGCAGGAGCAGAUCAGAGUUGGGGCUCUGACCAGCGAGCUGCAGGAGCUUCGCUCUCAGCUGGAGGAUGCAGCCUCGCUUCAUGAGAGGGAACUUCAUAGUCUGCGAGAGACUUGUACGGACCUUCAGUCACGCGCUGAUGUUGCUCUCAAAGAGCUGGACCAAUACAGAGCUUCUCUCUCAGCUAACGAGGAGAGUCGGGAUCAUCUGAGGCGGGACAUGCUGGAGGUGGAGCGUCGUCUCAACCAAACUCAGGACAUGGCAGAAAAACACAGGAGAGAAGGGACAGAGCUGCGUCGCAGCCUCGGGGACGUCACCAAGGAGAGAGACACUCUCAGCCAGUCAAACACCCAACUAAGGGAAACUCUGCGAAUUGCAGAAACAGAGAGAAUCAGUGUGAAACGACAGUGUGAGGAGAAGGAGCAGAGGCUGGCUGUGCUGGAGGAGAAUUUCUCAUCUACUCAGAAAGAGGUGACGGAGCUGCGUAGCUGCCUGAGGGAGGUUGAGAGGUCACGUCUUGAGGCUCGGCGAGAACUCCAGGAGCUCCGUAGACAGCUGAAAGUUCUGGAUGGAGAAAAGGAGCAGAAAGAGAGGGAGGUGGCAGAGCUGCAGACUCGCCUGUCACUGGAGGAGCAAAGGGAAGAGGAGAAAGGGAAAGAGGCUUUCACCCUCAAACAGAAGUUAACUGAAGCUGAAACUGCUCGAGAUUCCCUCAAGAAGGAGCUUUCCCUGAUUCAAAAGCGCCUGGUGGAGUCGGAGGGGAGCUGGAGGGGCUGCGAGAGAGAACUGACCGCUCAGCUGCAGGAGGCGCGAGGCUGUGAGAAGAAGCUGCAGGAUGAAGCCAAGAAUCUGGCCCUGCGCGCCCAGGCAGCCCAGGACGCCUCUGCUCUGUCCAGCCUGCAGCUGAGCGAGGCUCAAGGCCGCCUAGCUGCCACAGAGGCAGAGCUGUCCCGGGCUGAGGUUGGGAGGAGAGAGCUGGAGUAUCGUCUGAGCAGCCUCCAGUCGGUACUGACACGUACACUGGGCAUCGGAGCAGGGGGCAGAGGAUCCAGGGGGAGGAGCCCGGGGGGGAGCUCCACAUCAGCCGGCACCAUGUCACGCCACCCCAGCAUCUCACCUCUACGCUCCUCACUGUCACCUCCUAAAGAAUUUCGAGUAAGCACCCCUGACAACACUUUAGGCUCAGGAGCUGUGUCUCCUGAGAGAGGGGAUACUCCACUGCCUCUCCCUCAGCCAGAGCUGGACCCUGAGACCCUACGAAGUGGUCUGAGAGACUUCCUCCAGGAGCUGCGUGAGGCACAGAAAGAGCGGGAUGAUGCCCGAUGCCAGCUGGGGGCCCUGCAGCGGGAGGUGGAGGAGCUGAAGGGGGAGCGAGACUUGGCUCAGAGUCGUCUCUCUCAGCUACAAAACACCUUACAGGAAUACCAAGAAGCGAAGUGCGGGCUGGACGAGCGUCUGACGGCCACUCAGAUUCUGCUGCAGCAGCAGGAGGAGUUAGUGAGGAGAGGAGACAGAGAGAGGAGAGCUCUCACCGACAGGGUGAAGGAUUUGGAGCGAGCGCUGCAGGCCUCUGAGACGGAUAAGAAACACACGCAGGAGCAGUUAAAUAAGCAACGUGCGGCUGAAAUGCGUCUGGAGGCAGAGAGGAGGCGUCUGCGGGAGGCGCUGGAGGCAGCUGAGGCCCGGGCCACCAGAGUGGAGUUGGGGAGGCGCAGUGUGGAGGGGGAGCUGCAGAGACUCAAACUGAGUCUGGGAGACCGCGAGGCUGAGAGCCAGGCCUCCCAUGAACGCCAUGACACUCUACUCAAACAGGUAGCAGAGGGAGAAGUCCGUGUGUCGUUGCUUCAGAGAGACGUGGAGAGGCUGAGCCAGGCUCUGCUCAAAGCGCAGGAAGGCGAAUCUUUGCUGAAAGAGAGAGUCACUUCCCUCAACCAGAGCCUCCAGGAGGUGGCGGCUGCUCACAGCAGCACAGAGACUCGCCUGGUUGCUCUGCAGAAGUCGCUGAGUGUGGCUGAACAGGACAAAAGGCAUCUACAGGAAAGGAUCGAUGAAUCCCGUGUAUCAUUAGCUGAAUGGAAGAGAAACAUGGCCACCCUCACUGAGCGUGUGCAAAGCCUGCAGAGUGAGCUGAACCAGAGCGAGCUGAGACGAGAGGCGCUUGAGGCCGAGCUCACCAACACUCAAGAGGCUCUGCGUCAGCGUUCAGCCAGUCUCGUGGAGGCUCAGCGCAGCGCCCAGGCGGCUCAGACAGAGCGGGCCACUGUAGAGGAGCGGCUGCGUGGGCUGCAGAGAGCGGUCGCCAUGCUCGAGACGGAGAAAAAAGAUGCUGAGAGACAGGCUGUGAGGCUGGAGAAAGACAAAAACGCACUGAGGAAUACACUGGAUAAGGUUGAACGUCAGAAGCUGAAGACUGAAGAAGGCAGCAUGCGUCUGUCUGCAGAGAGAAGCCGCUUGGAUCGCUCUCUGAACACCGCUGAACAGGAGCUGCAGGAGGCACAGCAACAGAUACUAAUGCUGCAGACUCAGCUGGCUGAGAUGGAGCAGUCACACAGUCUGUGUGAGAGUAUGGUGAGGCAGCGAGACGAGGCCCAGCGGGAGGCGGAGAGACUGAGGAGCAGCUUUAGGGACAUAGAGCGAACUCUGGGCACCAGAGAGCGAGCUCAUCGGCACAGAGUCAAAGGCCUGGAGGAGCAGGUGUCCACCCUGAAGGAGCAGCUGCAGCAGGAGAUGAAACGGCGGCAGCCUUCACUUCCAUCCUCCUUACUGUCGGCAGGAAACAGAGAUGCAGCUUAAAGCACCAGCGCGUCACCGUCUAACCCAGGGAAAAUCCACUCACCAUGAAUGUCUGAAAGCAAUAUUUACCUACAGAAACAUUCCUAAAAGUGUUCAUACUGUAACUUUAGUGUUUAAAAUAUGAUUAGUUUUACUUCUGACACUGAAAUGAACACUACCGUCAUUCCAAUGGCAUUUUGUUGGUAUUUUGUACAGUGAAGAACACACUCAGCACGUGAGCACAGGCCAGUGAUUUAGCAGCAGCAGCUGUGCUCUAAACGCCAGCAGGCUGCUGAUUACUGGCAGCCAUCUGUACUUGAUCCGUGCUCAACAUCUUCCCAAACUUCCUGCUCUUAUUCAAGAAGAAGCCCAAAAUCACCGCAGGAUUCUCCUCCAGACAGAAUCUUGAUGUAGCGCAGGAACGAAAAUCACGCCACUGCCAGGUUCGCAGUUUGGCCUCGAUCCUCUGCAUUAAUAGUCGAGGACACAAGAGAGAGAGGAGGGACAGUCUUCACCGUGUGUGUGAGUGCCAGGCAAGCAACGAUUUGACUGUAAUGAAGGAGCUGCACUGUAUUUUCUCUCAGAAACAGGCGCAGAUUUUACUGAUUAUGUGAGUCGGAUGAAAUAUAGACACUGUUUUAUAACUGAAAAAGGGAUCAUAAGCAGCGAAGUGCUGCUGUAUGAUGAUAAACCAACAGUGUGUGUUUUUUAUUAGUUAUUAUGAUUAGUUUUAUUAGGUAUAAGACUUUUUACUUACCGUAUAAAGGCUGACAAACUGACAUAUCAGCUUCAAUGAUUAAUAACUUGUAUGGACAUUACACAUGGAUCCCACAUGUUUGCAGGAGAAUAAACACACUUGUGUGCACCGUA